AUGGACGUGACCUUCAAGAUCUUGCAGGCCUACUGCUUCAUCCUGGAGAAGCUUCUGGAGAACGAGGAAACGCAGAUCAACGGCUUCUGCAUCAUCGAGAACUUCAAGGGCUUCACCAUGCAGCAGGCCGCCGCGCUCCGGCCCUCGGACCUCAGGAAGAUGGUGGACAUGCUCCAGGAUUCCUUCCCGGCCCGGUUCAAAGCCAUCCACUUCAUCUACCAGCCGUGGUACUUCACCACGACCUACAACGUGGUCAAGCCCUUCUUGAAGAGCAAGCUGCUCCAGAGGGUCUUUGUCCAUGGGGAUGACCUCUCUGACUUCUUCCAGGAGAUUGACGAGAACAUCCUGCCCUGUGACUUUGGGGGCACCCUGCCCAAGUAUGACGGCAAAGUCGUUGCUGAGCAGCUCUUUGGGCCCCAGGCCGAAUCUGAGAACACAGCCUUCUGAGGACGUCUCCCGCCGCCUGAGCUGUAGUUAGCACCCCCGGCCUCUCCUCCAUUGCCCUGGCCCCACGUCAGGAAGGGGCUGCCGAGGUGGUGACUGUGCUUCCCCUGAACCUCCCUAAGCUCCCGUGAGCCCAGGUGUCACCCUCCUGCCAAGUUGGAGGUACAAUAAAGAAGGGGAAAUUCCCUUGAACAAGAA